CGGGUGCUCCAGCGACGCUCUCGUGAACACCGUGUUCGUGAGGCAGUUCACUCGAUCAACUGUCUCGCCGCCUGCACGGUGCGCCAUCGUGGCCGCGGGCCAGGUGGCGCUGCCGAUUCAGGAUCUCCACCCUCGCGGAGCCCUUCAGGAGCUCCUCAAGUCCGACUCGCUCUACGGAGGCGCGCCGUCCAAGGUCGUCCCGUACGAGGAGUCCAAGCUCAAGUUCUGGCAGUCCUCGGUCACGCCUCGAGACGUGGAGGAGGUCUGCCCCAAGUUCGUCGUCGACGCCUUCCGCGACCCCGACGCCUACAUCCGCAAGCCGGACCGCGUGGUGGAGCAGGACCUCGAGCUCCUGCCGCCGAUCAAGCCGUACUGGGACGCGCGGCUUGCCAGCGACGCCCGCCUUCGGCGGGACUUCCUCCUCAGGCUCGCGGGGCGGGGGCUGGUCGGCUUUCGGAGGCGGAUCAGGUCACGCGUGGGGCGUUUCUUUGUCGAGAAGAAGGGCGGCUGGAUCCGCCUGGUCGUCGACGCUCGCGACACCAACCGCACCCACUGGGCGCCCCCGCAUGCCGCCCUCGGGACCCCGGCUGCCCUCAGCGAGCAGGACUGGUCCGAUGCUGCGCUCGCGGACGCCGGAUGGGUUAGUGCUGACGGCUCGCCUGCUCAGAUCUUCGGGUCGUCCCUCGACCUCCAGGACUCGUUCUACCAGUUCUUCUCGGAGCGCGUCGCGGAGGAUUUCGGGAUGGACUUUCCUGAGCGGGAGUCCUACUACCAGGUCUCCCAUAUCUGGACGCCCGACGGCCUGUCCCCUGUCGACCCCGACGAGCUCGUGUUCCCGGUCUUCCGCGGGGUGCCGAUGGGGUGGUCAUGGGCACUCUGGGCCGUGCACUCGUCCGUCACGUCCUGGGUCUCGGACACGCUGCCGGGGGGUGCCCGACGCCUGCUGCUUGACAAGCAGCCGGCUCCCGUCGCGGCACCCUUCCGCCCCACAGGGUCGGUCUACGUGGACAACGUCUCGUUCCUGGGCCUCUCGAGCGACGACGUCGGGCACGCGCUGCAGGCCGCGAAGGACAAGCUCGACUCGCUCGGCAUCGCGCACCACGAGGUCGAGGGCCCGGCCACGCACUUCACCACCGUCGGCGUCGAGUACGACGGGAGGCGGAGGCGUCUGCGGCAUUCCGAUCACCGAGCCUGGCGCCUCUAUUUGGCCUGUCAGGAGCUCGAGCGCCCUGGGGUUCCGCGCGCGGCCUGGCAGAUCCGAGUGUUCCUCGGGCAUUGUGUGCAGCACUGCCUGCUGCUGCGGCCGGCCCUCUCGAUCUUCCGCCUGCUCUACCGCUUCGUGGACGCGCAGGGUCAGGGGCCUCCAGUCGCACUGUCUGCUGGGGCCCGCCGGGAGAUCCAGCUCUUCAGGGGCCUCAUCUUCCAGGCCGUCGUCUUCUUGGACCGGCCGAUGUCCUCCCUGGUUUUGUGCUCCGACUCGUCCGAGGCAGGCUACGCCCUCCAUCGCCGACGCGCUGACGUUCGACUCCUUCGGCAGCUCGCUGCUACCCGGGAGAGGUGGAGGUUCGUCCCCGACGAGAAGCGGCCCGACGCGGCGCUCAACGACACCUUCUCCCCGGGCUGGGUACCUGGCGCUGGAGGGGUGCUGGGAGAGCCGCCGGGCGCUACAGGCGUGGCCGUCUGGGCCCCGCCGCCGACGCGCUCGAGAGAGGGCGCCCGAGGCGUGCUCAAGGGCCGGCUCAGACCCACUGUGCGACCUGCUGGCGUCUCCGUGCCCGACAGCCUCGUCGAUCCCAGGGACUGGUCUCUCAUCGUCGAGGGCGCCUGGCGCCGCACGGCCCCCAUCCACUUGCUGGAGGGCCGCAUCGCCCUGGGCGGCCUGCGGCACGCCGCCCGGCAGGUCGACUGCCACGGCUCCCGGGUGCUCAGCCUGGGCGACAACAUGUCGGAGCUCCUCUCCGUCGAGAAGGGGCGAGCCGUGGACCACGGCCUCGCCUGUCUGUGCCGGAGGGCCGCCGCCUACCAGAUCGCCUGCGGGAUCUCCUGGCGGCGCCGGCACCUCGACACGGACCGCAACCUCAGUGACGCGGGGUCGAGGAAGGCGCUGCAGGGCGUCUGCCGCCCAGGACAGCGGCGGGUCGGCGGCAGGUCGGAGAGGCCCGCUCUGCCCGCUGGGCGCCCGCAGUCGGCGCCCCCGGCGCCGGCCCCGCCGGCGCCCUCGGCGACCGCCAGCUGGUGGUCCCUCGAGAACCCCCGGGGAUCCCGGCUCUUCUCUUGGGAGCCUCUCCAGAAGUUCCUGUCCGAGCAUAGCAAGGUCUCCGUGGUGUAUGACUGCUGUCAGUUUGGAGCCCCGUACCAGAAGCCCACCAGGAUUGAGUCCGACCUCCCCGAGCUCGGUAUCCUUGAAAGGCGUUGUCUUGGAGGUCAUGCCCACGAGCAUCUUCAGGGGAAGGUCAAGGUCCGUGAUCGCCAGGGUCGGCUCAAGCAGUUCUGGCGCACGACCCUGGCUGGCGCCUACCCUCCUGGUGUCUGCCACAGCGCCGCUCGGGCCUUGGCGCGUGCGGCGCCCGCGGGAGCCUGGCGACCAGAUGGGGAUCCACUGCUGCCCGGUCACUGGGAGACUCAGCUCCGCCGUGCAGCCAAGAUGGACGACGUCCAGCCGUCCCUCGAGUGCCCCAGCUGCCCGCGGAAGUGGGUCGCGCUCUGGCCGCCCGACGCCGAGGGCUGGGGCCGCUUCGUGCCUGCUGACUCCUCGCCGGGCUUCCUGCGGCGCUCGCAGGUGCGGCCGGCCACUCAGGCCCGCUACCUCGCCAGCGUCGUCGUGUUCGCCACGGCCAUGGGCGUUGUCGCCGACCGCUGGGUGAGCAAAGACCUCCCCCUGGUGGACACGCUCCUCGAGGAGUACUUCGAGCAGCUCUACGUCGACGGCGGCAGCAAGAGCACGGCCCGCUACACCUUGGCCGCCUUGGCCUACCGAUUCAGCGUGUCGCUUCGUGCCCCAGACGUCUUCCCGAAGGCGAAGGGCGCCCUCUCCGGCUGGGGCAAGCUCGAGCCGGACGUCACCUCGGAGCCGCUCUGCUGGGCGGCAGCGUGCUUGAUGGCCCUGUACCUGGCCGGCCUCAACACGGAGAUUGCCCUGCAGGCCGCCCGCGGCCUGGUGGUACAGUGUGACACGUACUUGCGCCCUGGGGAGCUGCUGGACCUUCGCGUGCCCUGCUGCAUCCUGCCGCAGCCGAGUGCCGGCUCAGGCUACAACAAGAUGGGGCUCGUCGUCGGUGCCUCCGCGCUGGUCAUGGGCGACGACGCGCACACUCGCGUGACCAAGACUGGCCUCCAGGACGACACCGUGCUCAUCGAUGGCCAGUCUCGUGCUGGCGUGGCCGGCGCUCUCAUGGCCCUCGUCAAGAGCGCCAACCAAGCCCGCCAGGGGCGCCUCAUGUUCCUCCACUCGUACGCUUCGUACAACCGCUUGCUCAAGAAGGCCGCCGUCGCCGUCGGCCUCCCGACCAAGGUGACGGCCCACCUCCCUCGGCACGGCGGUCCGUCGGAGGACUACCUGAGAGGCGCCCGCUCGCUGGCCGACAUUCAGUCUCGCGGCAGGUGGUCGAGCUUCCGUUCUGUACAGCGCUAUCAGAAGAGCGGCCGUGCACUUGCUUCUUUCAGACGCCUCUCGGCCGCUGUGAAAGCAGAGGCUAAGCGUGCAGAGGCCAUGCAGUGGUCCUUCCUCUCGUAA